AUAUAUAUAGAUGUAUAUGCACACAUAUAUCUAUAGGCGUACUGCUACAAAUAGUACCAAGUAGAGAAUAAGAAUUGCUGCCGGUUUCACCGCCAUUUUCCCCAUUUCUUCUUCUGUACGAAGGCCUCCUGCCUUUCUUCCUGUUUUCUCCAUAUCGAGUAUUACUUUUACUUAUUGUUGUGAUUUUAUACAAACAAAAGAUUCGUCCGAAGUGUUAAUAACGCUCAUUCUACGUAUUAAGUUGUUGGUAUAACACUGAAAUUGAAAUUGACGGGGCUUGAAAGAUAUUUUAGGUGGUUUUGUUUUUGAGAAUUUUUUUUUUGGGGUUAUAGCGUUUGAUUGAGAAGAGGGUGAGGAUUUUAAGGAAACUUGUGGAAUUGUUUUCUUCUUCUUCUUCUCUUUAAAGAUGUUUCUCAUUUUACUGUGGUUCGUGCCUUUUUUUUAAAAUUAUUUUCUUUGGUUGGUUAGGUUGUCCUUAUGAUGAAGAAGACAUGCUACUGGAACUGCCAUUUCUCUGCCCUGAUCUCUGUUCUAGGUAGACCGGUUGAAUUCCCAUAGAUCUCUGUUUCUUCUUUUCCUUUUAAGGCCCUCUUUUGCCGUUGCAUUUACUGAGAACAAAGAGAAAUAGGAGCAGCCUUUUUUAUGAAGGAGUAGUAUAGUAGUAGCGUUUUCCGUGGUUGUUUAGUCGGGUGCAUUCAACUCCAAAGAGCUUUUUCCUGAAAAGGAUUGCAGUUUGGGGUAAUUAAUAUGAAGGAGAUGGUGGAGAAAAGCUUGGAUUCUCAGUUAUGGCAUGCCUGUGCUGGAGGGAUGGUCCAAAUGCCUGUGGUUAACUCCAGAGUGUAUUAUUUUCCACAAGGCCAUGCUGAGCAUACCCUCGCUAAUGUUGAUUUUGCAGGCAUGCCGAGAGUCCAACCUUUGAUUCUCUGCAGGGUUGCUGCUGUCAAGUUCUUGGCUGACCCUGAGACCGAUGAGGUUUAUGCGAGAGUUAGGUUGGUUCCGAUUGGGAACAACGAGGGUUGUUAUGAGUUUGAUGAUGAUGGUGGUGGUGUUUUGGGGGGUAAUGGGCCCGAUUCGUCAGCUGAUAAGCCUGCUUCUUUUGCGAAAACAUUGACCCAAUCUGAUGCCAAUAACGGUGGGGGUUUCUCAGUCCCGAGGUAUUGUGCUGAAACGAUUUUCCCGCGGUUGGAUUACACGGCUGAUCCGCCCGUUCAGACUGUUGUGGCCAAGGAUGUUCACGGGGAGACUUGGAAGUUUAGGCAUAUCUACCGAGGGACGCCGAGGAGGCACUUGUUGACUACGGGAUGGAGCACUUUUGUGAACCAGAAGAAGUUAAUUGCUGGUGAUUCCAUUGUGUUUCUGAGGGCUGAAAGCGGUGAUCUAUGUGUGGGGAUUCGGAGAGCUAAGAGGGGUGGUAUUGGUGGCCCCGAGUCCCCAUCUGGGUGGAAUUCUGCAGCUGGAAAUUACGGAGGAUUUUCUAUGUUUCUCAGAGAAGAUGAAAAUAAGCUGAUGAGAACUGGCAGCGCCGGAAAUCUGAAUUCACCUGGCAAUGGUGGUGGGGCUUUGAAGGGACGGGGAAGAGUGAGGGCUGAAUCGGUGAUUGAAGCUGCUUCGUUUGCUGUGAAAGGGCAGCCUUUUGACGUUGUGUAUUACCCGCGUGCUAGUACUCCGGAGUUUUUUGUCAAGGCUUCAUCUGUGAGUUCCGCAAUGCGGGUCCAGUGGUGUGCUGGGAUGAGGUUCAAGAUGCCAUUUGAAACUGAGGAUUCUUCGCGAAUUAGCUGGUUUAUGGGAACGAUUGCUGCUGUUCAGUUUGCUGAUCCGAUUCGCUGGCCUAAUUCUCCAUGGAGACUUCUCCAGGUGACAUGGGAUGAGCCAGAUUUGCUGCAAAAUGUCAAGCGCGUCAGCCCAUGGCUGGUUGAAUUGGUCUCUAAUAUGCCCGUUAUUCAUCUAUCUCCAUUCUCACCAGCAAGGAAGAAGUUGCGAUUAUUGCAGCACUCGGACUUUUCUCUUGACGGCCAAUUUCCAAUGCCGUCAUUUUCAGGCAACCCUCUUGGGCCAAGCAGUCCUUUAUGUUGUCUAUCUGAUAACAUUCCUGCAGGCAUACAGGGAGCCAGGCAUGCUCAACUUGGAGUACAAUUAGCGGAUCUCCACCUUAGCAACAAAAUGCAUUUGGGACUGAUAUCCCCCAGUUUCCAGCAGCUGGAUCCGCUUGCUAAAAGCUCUGAUGGCAUCAUAAGAGGCCACUUAGAUAGCAGUGAUGAUAUAUCCUGCUUGUUAACCAUGGGAAAUUCUAGUCAGAAGCUGGAAAAGACCACCAGUGUGAGGACACCUAGAUUCUUACUCUUUGGUCAGCCAAUACUCACUGAGCAGCAGAUGUCACAUGGCUACAAUAGUGAUGCAGUUUCUCAAGUAGGGAAAAGUUCAGCAUGUGGGAUAUCAUUGAAGGCAGAAGAUGUUUCACUUGAUCAAAAAGUUCACAUGGAUAGCCUGCCCAAUACUGGAUUGUUUUGGAAUCAAGGAUGUCAUGCAGCUGAACUUGGCCUUGAUACUGGUCACUGCAAAGUGUUCUUGGAAUCGGAAGAUGUUGGCAGGACUCUUGAUCUCUCCGUUCUUGGUUCAUAUGAAGAGCUAUACAAAAAGCUGACAAGCAUGUUUAUGAUAGAGAGAUCAGAGUUGGAGGGCCAUGUAUUCUACCGUGAUGCAACAGGUGCCCUUAAACAGACUGGAGAUGAAUCUUUCAGUGAGUUUGUGAGGACUGCAAAAAGAUUGACAAUCUUUAAGAAUCCAGGCAAUAGUGUUGGCAGGAAAUGGCUUACUGGUUUACCGACUGCUGAACGCGGACUAGAUUCUUCAAACCAGGCAGGACCGCUGAGCAUAUUUGCAUAGUGCAGUUCGGCUUGGAGAGUUGAUGUAGUAAAAGUUGACAGUUGUUCAAGAUACUUGUCGUUGUUGACUUUUUAUGUAAUUAGGAACUUCUUUAAAUGAAGUUCUAGUACUCUUGUUUGACUAAGGAGCAGCUACUCUUUGUGUAGCUUGGAAAAACCUCUCAUUUGGAGGAAAUUUACUUGUAGUACUUGUGUGUAUUGCUAAGCUACUAUUACAGUUCAAUGAAUGUGGAGUCUUGGUAUAUGGCUAGGUUCAUAAAA